AUGUCAUCGAAUUUGCACACCGAUAACACCAAAUUGAAGCACACCUUUGAGAAUUACAAAUUGCGUUUAAACGAGAGUGUCACCAGCACAGCAUACAACCUUCCAAACGACUUGGUGAUCGAUAAGAUUGACACGCAGCUCGGAUACAAGGAGUUCGCCAAGAGAGUGGCACUCAAUGAUCUCUUUGUCAACCAGCACAGGGAUCUGCAGAUGCUCUUCUUUGCGAGGUGUUCGAGUGAGCUGGUUGCGUUUACUGUGGAUAUCACAGACGACAUCACGCACAGCACGCACAGCACGCACGAUGAAAACGCAACGACGCAACAGCAACAGCAAAAUCAGCCUCGCACUCCCAGCCCACACUACACCCCCCUCCUCGCUUUCCCGCCGCUCCUCAACGCCGACAAAGCCUUCGACACGCCAUCAGCAGCCAGUCUGAACAGCACACAGUGGGCCCUGUCAGAUGGCAGCGGUAGGCUUUUCGUGUGUGGCGGCGCUGGAAAUGCCGAGCGCGCGAAGGAGCUUCUCUACAACGGCAAUCUCUCACCCUUCUUCAUACACCUCUACGUACCCUCACUGAACACACUCGUUAUCUCCACAACUCUCACGUUGGACAGCGACGAUGUCACCAAAAAGACCCAGUUCGACUUGUUGGCUGUAGACCUCGCCAGUGCGUCUGAGACACUCAAUGAUGGCGUGCUGUGGAGACUGCGUACGCUUGACUACCCCUGCCUAGUGGAUUACGUCGACGGAGAGUGGGUUGUAGGCUCCGCGUCUGGUUUCUGCGGCGUAGAGAAAGACGGCAGUAUCGAGGGUGUAGCUGGGGCCGCAGACGGGGCAACUGACGCGGAACAGACACAAAAGGGAGAACAGGCAAAUCAGAGACACCCACCUGCCCAAUAUGGAUGGUCGCAGGAUGACGAUACAGUGACAGUUUCAGUGAAACUCGACCACAUAGGCGAAAAAAACAGCUACGCCCCCGUCAUACACACCAAUCAGAUCAAGUUACCCUCCCUAAACCCAGAAUUUGUGCCACUGUACGCAGACGUGGAUCCAGAAGAAAGUACGUGGACGCUCAACAGGCAGCUCUCGUUGCUCGAGGUAGAUCUUUCCAAGAAGAGCCAAAGUCACGUGCGCUGGGUAGAUCUCUUUGACCAGUCGUUCACGCCGCCAUUCGGGACAGUAGAUGAGACGCGCUCCAAGGAGGACCUAGAAGAAGCUCUGCAGAGUAUGGAGAAAUACACACAGGAAGGCCUUGUUGAUGGCACACAAGAGCCCCAGCUACGUCCUGGCGGUCUCAAUGACAUACCUUCGCUAGCAAAGGGCGAGAUGGAUGAUUCCGUUGACAGCAGUGUUGGGAAAACAAUGGUGAUGGCUAGAUUCAGAGACGUGAGUGAGCUGACAGCGUACCCUGCACACCAAUUACUUUCCACCCCGCUCCCCUCAUACCCUUCUCCACACCCAUCAAUCGUCAUCUCUCACGAUGUUUCGCUCUCGGGCACACUCUUCGACCUUGGCACACUCUCACAUCUCGAUACAUUUGCGGCUCUCCCCUUUGUCAUGGCGUCGAAGCGUGAUCUCCGCUUCGCGUACCAUCUCUCAAAUUCUCUCGUUGUUGUCUUUGAAGGCGGGAAAAUUGAGGGUGCGGGGAAUGCAUACAUAUACUACCAGUGCGAGGGUGAUGGAGUGAGUGCCGCGCAGUCUGUCGUCCAGAUCGGGGGUCAUCAAAAAGGAGCAUUGCUCGGCGUGUCUUACUUCCACAGCAAACACCUCCUAGUCGCUCUUUGCGAGAAUUGUCUUGUUAUAUUGUCUAAUCUUAUUUGA